GUCUCACAACGUGGUGGAGGUGAGCCUUUAGACCCCGUACCUUCCCUUCGAGCUUCCGCUUAAAACCCUGGAGCUCCGAAACCGCACUCUGGCUACCAUCACGGCGACGGCUGCUCAAACCCCCUCGAUGUCUCAACCAUCUACGACGACGACUACAGCCACCACGAUGACUGAACAGCAAUUGCAACCAAGUCCUACCACUCCUGGUUGGACGAUUCGCAGCCGCCAAAGAGACCCUAAGGUUUUUGCUGGUCUUCGUGACGAAGAUGUUGAGGACUGGCUCGACAGUUACGACCGCGUGAGCGUCUACAACAGAUGGGACAAUCCCACUAAACUCGCUAACGUGGUCUUCUACCUUACUGAUGUUGCCAAAACGUGGUUUCUGAACCACGAAGAAGAAAUUCCAGACUGGAACGCUUUUACCACGAAGCUAAAGGACAUAUUCGGCACUCCAACUAGCCGCAAAGAGAACGCGAAAAAGAAACUCGAGACUCGACGUCAAGGAGAAGAGACGUACACCUCCUACAUUGAAGACGUCCUCGCGCUCUGCCGUCGCGUCAACUGCGAAAUGCAAGAGAGUGAGCGCGUACGUAACCUCCUGAAGGGAAUUGCGGAGCCGGCCUUCAAUGUUUUUCUGGUCCGAAAGCCCGAAUCGAUAGCUGACAUCACAUCUGUUUGCCAACACCUCGAUGAAAUGCGGACCAUCAGAGUUUCUUGCCCAGCUCAGAAUCUCGGAGAACCAAAAGCGACAAAUUCUGAACUCCGCACCCUCAUUAGAGACAUCGUUCGAGAAGAGCUCCGGGAGAUGCUCAACGAAACACGCCGCGGCGCUGAACCGGCAGCAAGUUCUCCAGACUUGCGGUCCCUUGUCCGAGACGAGUUAGCAGCUCUACCUUCUGCAACUCUUCCUCUCCCCACGCCCGCACCACCAACCUACGCCGAGAUUGCCGCUAGGAUGCCUUCCCCUCAAGUGGCUUCGUUACAACAACUCCACACCCCACCCUCCUUGGCUGCAUUUACUCCAGCCACCCUCACCCCGACGUACCAAUCUUGGAGACCACCCAACCGCCCAGUAUGUUAUUACUGCGGCAUUAGGGGUCACAUUGCCCGCUACUGCAGGAAACGCAGAGAUGACGACAGGUACGACAACUCUUAUCAUCCUCACUUUCGCCGAGAUCAAGGGACCUACAAUGUAGGUCGGAACAACUCCGGCCGCCAAGGAAGUAUUUCCCCUCAGAGGUCGAGAUUUGAAAGCCAAACAUAUCCUAGGCGUCGUUCCCCCUCUCCACUUCCACGCUCUGGGUCUCCGAUGAUUCCAUCUACCCAAACCUACCCUAAAUACCCAGCGGAAAACUAAAAAACGCAGUUCUUGGGGGGAGAACUGCGAACCAACGGAACCAGACAACUCCUCCAAUCCCAUCCAAUUUGAUUGACGUAUGUGUAGAAGGUUUAAAUGUUCUUGCUCUAGUUGAUACCGGCGCCGCAAUUUCAGUUAUAAGCGAAGAUGUCUGCAAAACCUUAAGAAAAGUCCGAACUCCCUUUCACGGUACUUGUUUACGAGGAGCGGGAACCAAUUUGAUAUAUCCCUCCGCAUUGUGCACGGCGAGGGUGGUAAUACAAGAUACCUGCCAUCACAUAGAGUUUGUUGUUUUACCAAAUUGUACACACUCACUUAUCCUUGGCUGGGACUUCCUCUCACUUAACUCGGCAGUAAUUGACUGUAGUCAUCCGGAAUUAUUUUUGACCACUCUUGACGUCUGCAAUACAGCUACUGAUCACAGUGCGAAAAUAUCAGUUGAAACCGACUCGGUUAUUUCUCCAUUCACAACACACGUAUUACCACUCGUAUCGACAACCGCUUACACAACGGAUGUCGUCGUACAACCAUCGAGCACAUUUCUCGCGAGAGGCAUAGUUGUACCGCACGCACUUAUCCGUUUCAUCGAUGGAAAAGCUCUCAUAGCUGUCUCUAAUGUUAGUACUGAGUCCGUUCUCAUUCCACAUGGUACAGUUGUCGUGACUGCGACACCACACUCACCCGUUUCUCUGUGUUCUAUAUCCGUCCCUCAAACCAAAUCUUUGCUUACCCAGAACUGUAAAACAUUGUCUCUGCAUACAACAAUUAGCCAAGAUCUUGACGAAUCAAAAAAACGUCAACUCCUAUCUUUGCUAGAGCAGAACAGAAAAAUAUUCGACAUCGUAUCACCUGCCCUUGGUCAAACCCACACGACAGAGCAUCGCAUCCACAUUGAAGAUUCUGCUAUUGUUCAUCGUCGUCCGUACAGGGUUUCCCCAUCAGAGCGUUCCAUAAUCGAGGACCAUGUAACUGAUAUGCUGAAAAAGGGUGUAAUUCGUCCUUCACGCAGUUCAUUCUCGUCACCGGUAGUCCUGGUCAAAAAGAAGGAUGGAGGCAUUCGCUUUUGUAUCGAUUACCGCCAACUGAACAAAGUCACUCGUAAAGACCUUUACCCUAUGCCACGCAUUGACGACGCACUGGACUCCUUGCAGGGAGCUGAAUAUUUUUCAUCUCUUGAUUUACGGUCCGGUUAUUGGCAGAUCCCGGUUAAUGAAGAGGACAAAGAAAAAACUGCGUUCGUCACACCGGAUGGCUUAUAUGAGUUCAACGUCAUGCCCUUCGGACUCUGCAACGCGCCAGCGACUUUCGAACGCAUGAUCGACAACAUCCUUCGAGGCUUAAAAUGGAAAACAUGCCUAUGUUACUUAGAUGACAUUAUAAUCUUUUCUUCCAACUUUGAGGAACACCUUGAACGGCUUUCCCAGGUCCUGUCCUGUUUAUCUGCCGCCAACCUCCAGCUUAAUACUAAGAAAUGCACGUUUGCGGCAAAAACAAUUAAGAUCUUAGGGCAUGUCAUCAGCAAACACGGUAUCAGACCUGACCCCGACAAAAUAAAAGCGGUUUCAGACUUCCCUCGACCACAACGCCAAAAGGAAUUGCGAAGCUU